AUGUACUUGUUAAUAUGUAGGGGGCUGGUAUCUUCAGCUAGCAGACCUCGUGAAGACAGUUGGUUAAAAUCGCUAUUUGUUCGCAAAGUCGAUCCAAGGAAAGAUGCUCACUCCAACCUACUAGCCAAAAGAGAGACCAGCAGUCUGUAUAAACUACAGAUUCACAAUGUAAAACCAGAAUAUCUAGACGCCUACAACAAGCUUUGUCAAGAGGUGCUGCCAAAGAUUCAUGAAGAAAAACACUACCCAUGUGCACUGGUGGGGACUUGGAACACGUGGUACGGAGAGCAAGAUCAGGCUGUUCAUCUAUGGAGAUACGAGGGAGGCUAUCCAGCUCUCAAUGAUGUAAUGAAUAAACUCCGUCAAAAUAAGGAAUUCACAGAGUUUCGCAAAGAAAGAGGUAACAUGCUUCUCUCGCGCAAGAACCAAUUAUUGCUGGAGUUCAGUUUCUGGAAUGAACCUGUUCCCAGAGAGGGGCCUAAUAUUUAUGAACUGAGAUCCUAUCAACUUAGGCCGGGAACAAUGAUUGAGUGGGGAAAUUAUUGGGCUCGUGCAAUUCGUUUCCGACAGGAUAAUAAUGAAGCAGUGGGAGGAUUUUUCUCACAAAUUGGACAGCUGUAUAUGGUUCAUCACCUUUGGGCUUACAAAGAUCUCCAAACCAGAGAAGAUAUAAGGAACGCUGCGUGGCAUAAACCUGGCUGGGAUGAACUAGUCUAUUACACAGUGCCCCUAAUUCAGGAAAUGGAGUCCAGAAUCAUGAUACCCUUGAAGAUUUCUCCGCUUCAGUAAAGUCACUGAUUUACUUGUGCCUACAUAGAUAAAGUGACAAGUAUUUGUCUUAAAUUAAUUUAUGGUAUACAUUGUAUAUCAUAGUCUGAAAUAUACAAGUACUGUACUGAGCUUAUGAAAAAGACCUCUUUUCUUCAGAAUCUGAUGACCUUUUGCUCUUAGGAUUGUACCAGGAAAAAAAAGAAAUACGGGACUGUAACUGAAAGGCUGGUUAAUUGAAAAACAUGUGAGUUCCUCUGUGAGACAGCUGCUGAGGUUAAGCGUGGCAUCCAGUGUCCAAUGCCUUCUGCUGCGCAGGCAGUGCCGGCGGUCAGUAACAGCAGCAGAACGGAGCGUUACAGCUGCCGUGGCCUUUGUGCAGCAUCGUAAUGACCGUGGGUUUCAAAAACAAACACGGAGUUCUGAAAUCAGAAGCUCUGGAGCCCUCAGUCAGCUCCGAACUACACCUGGCUGUCCUGGCAGGCCUGAAUCAGUAAGUAGCUCUGAAUUGACAACUAGGUAGUCAUUAACUGAGGGUGCUGUUCGUCAGGGGAGGGCUUAUGGACAGAGAGCAGGGCGUUCCGUUUUGCAAGGACUCUGAAGCCUGCUGAAACCAAUUGCACGUUUGUGGAGAUACCUGCACCUGAAAUUAAUUUGGUGAAGGGUGACCUACGGUUUUCAAAGAGAUGCUGACAAGAUGCGGUUGUCCGAACAUUCUGCAGGGAGUCAAGUUCAGUUAAAUGCAUUUCUCUCUACCAGUAACUUGGAAGUCUAGGAAAAGGGGUUUAAUUUAAUAAGCAAUCAUUACUUCAGACAUAUGCUUGGUCGGGUAUUUCACUAACUGUGCGGUAGGUACUUACGAAUUGAUGUGUGACACUGGCGCAUGUUGAGUCAAUAGGAUUGGCAUAAAGCGGUGUCCCAUUAUGUCCAGUUCUAUUUCGGUUUCACUUUUAGACUAGAGUAUAUCAACACUUGGUGUCUGCAAUGAUGUGAACAUCCUGUAAGUGAAAAUACUAUUCUCUCUCUAAAGUGGCUUCAAGUGUAACAUACAGAAUGUACAAAUCAGUUACUGAAUGUCCAGUUUGUACAUUUCAAUGAGUUUUCAGGAAGAACAUAUCAGUCAAUAAAAUCCUUUUAAUUUUCACAU